AUGACUAAGAUUACGGAAAUCUUCUUCGAUUGUGACAACACUCUCGUCCUCUCAGAGGAGCUGGCCUUUGAAGCCUGCGCCGAUCUCGCCAAUGAGAUCUUAGAAGCGAACAACAUCUCUGAUCGCUACACCGGCGACCAGCUCAUCAAGGACUUUGUCGGCCAGAACUUCCGCGGCAUGAUCGGCUCCCUGCAGAAGAAGUAUAACUUCGAGAUCCCCGCCGACAAGCUGGAGGGAUACGUGACCAAGGAAGAGGACAAGGUCAUCGCCAAGUUAGAAGCCAAGGCCAAGCCCUGUAUCGGCGCCAGCGAGGAGCUCGAUAAGCUGUUUGCGGAGAAGAAGUACGGUCUUGCUGUGGUUUCCUCUUCCGCUCUCCGCCGCGUGCGCGCUUCUAUCAAGAAGGUCGACCAGGAAAAGUACUUUGACCACGACAAGGUUUUCAGUGCUGCUACCUCUCUGCCAAAGCCAACUUCCAAGCCUGAUCCCGCUAUCUACCUGCAUGCCCUUGAGCAGGUCGGCAAUACCGCUACGGAAACCGUUGCCGUGGAAGACAGCAAGUCUGGUGCUCUUUCUGCUGUUCGCGCUGGUAUCCCUGUGAUUGCCUACGUUGGCAGCUACCAUGGCGAGGAGACACAGAAGGAGAUGGCGCAAGCAUUGACUGAAAUCGGUGCGAAGACCGUCAUGUACCACUGGUCUGAAUUUGGGGACCGUCUUGCGGAUAUCGAGAACGGAAACGUUGCUGAGGUCCACGCCAGUCUUUGA